GGCGGCCUUUUGCUUUCGGCACAUCGGCACCGAUUCGCAUUUGUUAAAAGCAACACAACAUGGCUGCUGUUUUCGUCUCGCUGGUGUCGUCGCCGUAGUAUCUCCCGAAAAGUGCGCGCACCACCAGCACGAUCAGUUCUAAACAAUUCAAAACACUCGGGAGUCCAUCGCAUUCAUGCAGAAGACACGCGUCGAUCCGGUAAAAAACAGUGCGUCGUGAAAACUACGAUACGCUUCGAUUGACGAAGUAACCGAGUGGCGCAGCGCGCAACGGCAGAGCGCUAAUAACAGACACGCGAUAAACAAGCGAAAGUUAGAAGCGCACCGUGCGUGCGUGUGGGGGGCGGCCAGGGGCCCUCGGGGGCGGCGUAGGAUGCGGCACACCGUGAUUAAUCAGUGACCCGCCGCGAGAACGUGAACUAGGAUACCACCCGGAGGAGCGGCCACCGUGAAGAUGACGCGGCUGCUGCUUGUUGUACAAAUCUUGUUGUGGCUUUGCCAUUUAGUUUAUAGUUCGGGGAAGUUAAAAUGCAGAUGCGACAUGUGUUCGCGUACGAAUAACACGUGCGAAACGGACGGCUACUGCUAUGCGGCAAAGUACAUCGAAAACGGCCAACAGCAUCACACGUACAGAUGCUUUGAUACCAGCGACAUAAUCUUAAAUCCCUAUCCCGUACAGACCGAUUAUUGCAAGGAGCACUUCGUGGUGGACGGCGACGCCGCCUUCGAGGCGGUCGCCGCCAACUGCUGCGACCAGUACGAUUACUGUAACGUGCAGCUGAUGCGAACGCUGCCCGUUCUCACUGUCGGCAAGCCGAAAGGAGAGAAUGCAGAUGAGUUCAGUACGACGUCGAUUGUCAUCGGCGCCGGGGUUGUCGCCUUGAUUGCUGGCGUGGUUGUCUUCGCGUGGGUUUGGUACCGUCGACAACCGGGUCGUCGAGGCGCACGCUUACAGCAUAUAGGAUUGGGGGAGGAUAGCACCGAGGCGCCGGACCAUCCGAUGCUCAAUGGUAAUUCAUUGCGGCAUAUGAUAGAAAUGACCACUAGUGGUAGUGGAUCAGGUUUACCCCUGUUGGUACAAAGAAGUAUAGCACGUCAAAUCCAGCUGGUGAAUAUAAUCGGUCAGGGGCGAUUCGGUGAGGUAUGGCGUGGUAGUUGGCGCGGCGAGGAUGUCGCCGUGAAAAUUUUCAGUUCGCGCGAGGAACGCUCCUGGUUCCGCGAGGCUGAAAUCUACCAGACGGUCAUGCUUCGUCACGACAACAUUUUAGGCUUUAUCGCCGCCGAUAAUAAAGACAACGGUACCUGGACGCAGCUGUGGCUGAUAACGGAUUAUCACGAGCGCGGCUCGCUGUUUGAUUAUCUCGGCCGCAGCACGUUCAAUACGAGUGAUAUGAUCUGCAUGGCGCUGUCGAUUGCCACCGGGCUUGCUCAUCUUCACAUGGAUAUCAUGGGCACUCAGGGUAAACCAGCGAUUGCGCAUAGAGACUUAAAGUCGAAGAAUAUACUCGUGAAGCAGAAUGGCACGUGUGCGAUUGGUGAUUUGGGCCUAGCGGUGCGGCACGAUGUUUCUACUGAUACGGUAGAUAUUCCGCUUAAUAAUCGGGUGGGUACUAAGCGAUAUAUGGCGCCGGAGGUGCUCGACGAGACGAUGAAGACGGAUCAUUUUGAUUCGUUUAAACGCGCUGAUGUGUAUGCGCUGGGACUCAUAUUUUGGGAGAUUUCGCGGCGUUGCAGUGUCGGUGGCAUGUACGAUGAGUAUCAGCUACCAUUUUUUGAUGCUGUGCCGAGUGAUCCAACUAUUGAUGAUAUGCGAAGAGUUGUAUGCUUUGAUAGAAGGCGUCCAAGUAUACCAAACCGAUGGCAGAACUGCGACGCGCUGGUAGUGAUGUCAAAGUUGAUGAAAGAGUGUUGGUAUCAUAACGCGACGGCGCGUCUCACCGCGUUGCGCAUUAAAAAGACGCUGUCGAACUAUCGCACCUCGGAGGAGCUCAAAAUGUGAGCGGCUGCGGCUGAGUGAGCGAGAGUGUUUUGUUUGUUUCGCGAAACAAUUGUUUUCGUUUUGAUUUUAUUUUGUUUUGUUGUAUAUUUAGAUUUUAACGGUACCAAACGAGAAGUAGUUACGCAGUUAUUUAUUUAAGUAUUAUUCUACGCUAUUAUCGGGUUCUCAUUGUUAGACAACCAAGCAGACACCCACCCAACGUACAUACAUACAUACACACACGACACGUGCAGCUGUCUCCGAACAUUCAUUCCAUAAUUAUAAAUGACAUUACAAUAAACCGCAACACAAACACACACAAAAGUAACCACAUACCGAGAAGUCUGAUUUUAUAGUUGUGAUCUACGUAACCGUUCUUAAAGUGACAGACUGACUUACAAACCCCACACACACACACACUCGAGCCAAAAAUUGCGUCUUGGCGUGAGCUGGAUGUCAAUUAAUUUUUAUAUCAGUAAAAGACAAUAUUUUAAGACUCAUACUUACUCACUUAGAAACUGCAAAUAUCUCAAACCUCAAAACACUGCCACUUUUCGAGAACGUUUAUGCCCUACAUACGCCAUCUUUGUGACAGAUGACAGACGAACAUAACCAAACUUCAAAUCUAUCUUCCACCUGUUUUUUUUUUAUUUUGUUUAUAUCCGUUUUAUGCAAGCGACGAGCGAAAGUGAAUGAGUGCGAAAAUAUGCUACCGUAGUUCCUAAUCACAAAACAAACAAACAAUUCGAGGUGUGCGCGCACGUUUCGUUCUUUGAUCGUUUUUGUUAAAAUCGUGCGUAAGGAUGUUACACGUUGACACAUUGAAACCUGAACGAAAGUUAUAUGAGAAAACAAAAUUCGUACAUAAUAAUAUUAGUCUUUAAGGGUUUACCGCUUCACACUUGACACCCCACACAUGAAUAUAUAAUGAUUAACUUACGAUUUAAAGUACAUAUAUUAAAAGUAUAUUUAAAAAAACUACACACAACACAAAAAAAAAAAUUAUUAUGAAUAUCGUGCUAACUAUAUUUCUAUUUUUAAGGCGUAUUUAUUACGAUGAUGAUGAUGAAUAACGAAGGAGAAAUCUAUUGUUGUAUUGCCUAAAGACGUUUGAUCACAAAUAAUUAACAUUUUCGUGCCUAGCGUGUAAACAUUGGCGUAACAAUUUAUGAAACGAACAUUUCGACGAAGAAAAGUAAAAAUUUAAAAACAAAAACUAUUUUUAAGUGGUUAUGCUGAUACAAAACAAAAAUAUAUUAAUCAGAUUAUCGUAGGAAUUAGUUGUAUAGAUAAAUAUUUGUAGAAUGUUGAUUUUGAGACACAAUCAAGUUGAAAUUUGCAGGCGGUUGUGAGUAGUGGUGGUCAAAAAGACUGAUUCGGACUGGACUGGAUGGAAAAACAAUCUAUAUAUCAGAGACGAAAUUCAUUAUCAAAAUUUUGGUGCAAAAUUCGAAAAGACUGAUUUGGAGAUAUAGGAUAAUGGUGACGGUAGGGAAUAGGCAAAGGAAACAAUUGGCUAAUUUUGAUAUAAAUUUAAUGUCGGAUAGGGACGAGCAGGAAGCGGAUCGGAGUCAGGGUUGGUUAGAAUAUUGGUGAUCAGGCACACAACAUAAGUUUAAGUUAAGCGCACUUGUAAUCGCCCCCCAUGCACACAUAACACAAACACACACUGGACACGCGUUUAAUAAUUACAUGGUUAAACCAUAACGGUUCUUGUCUUUUGUCAAUAUGUAUAUAUUAACGAGAUGUAGCUAUCCUCUAAUAUAUUACGAAGAAGAAAAAUGAAAACUAUUAAAAAUGAUGAAAAAAACGCAAAAGAAAGCGAAAUGUGGUGAAUAUUUUUAAUGAUGAUGAAACAAAAAGCGAUAUGAUUAAAUAUUAAAAAUAAUAAAAUUAUGAAAAUGAGAUAAAUAUUGAAGAAAACAAUAGUGCUGUUUUGCAAAGGUACAAAUUCAUGUCAGAGUUUUUAUACAGAGAUAAAUUUGUUGUCAACUUUUUGCCAAAAAGAAGAAAAAAAUCGCGUUGGUCACAUUUAUAAACCUUUAUGUAAACGUUCAAUCUGUGAUUGUAAAUGUAAAUCAUUUGGUAUUGAAUUUACUCGGCAGAAGAAUUUAAUAUUGAAUGAUGGAAUCAUGACCUGCGACUGUACGUACAAGCAUUCUUUUCAUUCUUCCAUAGCAUGGCAACAAGAUUUCACACGUUCUCACGCGCGACCCCACAAAGAAUUUAUUACUAACGUAACGAUCUAAGAUAUAUAGUAUUGUUAUAAUCUACGAGUAUCUUUAUCAAUAUUUAUGUAUGUUUAAGCGACCGAUUGUAGUAAGCAAAACACACAACUCACACACAUUAUAAAUGUGACCACGCAAAACUAUCAGUAGAAUUCAUAGAGAUUAAAGUAUAAAGAGACGUUUCGAAAAUUAUUGACGAUGAAAUUAAAAAUGAACUUUCGACGACAAAAUGAAACAAAUAAUUACGAAAAGAAAUGAAAAAAAGUACUUCUACUACCUAUUAAAAUUUAAUAAUAAUAAUACAAAAUAUAAUAAAAUAUUUUCUCGACGAUGAAUGUUUGGCAAUACUAUUGAUUGUAUUUUAAAAAUUAUUGUACUGUAAUCUCUAUUAAUUAAUUAAUUACCUAGAUUUUAAAAAUUCCUCAGGAUAAAUGUACACAACACAAGAUGCAAUAGUUAUCCUUAUUGACCUUAUUACGAGAUGAUGUGAAUGUUGUAAUGCGCGCGGUGUGCGAGAACGCAAAAGAAAAUGAAGCAAGGAGAUGAAUAAUGAAACGGAGAAACAAAUUAGUCGUUAGGUUUUUCAGAAGCUAUGAAGAUAUAUCGUAGUUAGGACACACACACAUAUUGAUUGAAUUCUUUGCGCUAUAAUUAAUUAUGGUAAACGUUUUACAUUUAGCAAGGGGUGUUUGAUGGAGGUGGUUUUUAAUGGGUGGACGUUUGAUUGAUGCGGAUUUGUUUCUUCUGUUUGUUUGAUGUACAAAUCAUGAAAACGUGUUUUUUUUUGUGGCUUUAGACGCAAGUAUAUACCAUUUGUAAACGUAUUUGAAAAUAUAUUACUCGUAAGAUUAUUAAUAUUAUAAA